AUCGGUGAUUCCUCAGGGCCUUGCUUUGCCCCUCAGCAGCUGAGUCGAUGUUUAAGAAAGCUGGACCCCAAUAUCUCUCUACGCCGUUUUCUUACCUCACCGGACUUCCCAUAUAUCAUAAUCGCAGGUGCGCGAAGCUUCGAGAAAUCAGGAGUUGUCGUUUCCAUUUCAUUCGUUUGUACAUAUUCAUUUCCAAUGGAGUCUUCUAAUGGGGCCAAAACGCCACAGCAGCCGGCAUCGCCCGUGAGAGACCAAUACACCUCGUACAGCAGCGACGAUGCCUCGACGGUAUGCGCCAGCGAGUUCGACAAGAAAGAUCUAGAAAGUCAGUCAGCGAAGCCGCAAGAUCGAAGUAUCAGCCAUUAUCUCGGGCUAUCGUCUCCAAUCAGUGAUGAUCUCGAUGAUAUUGAGGAGGAGGAGUUUGCGGACUCCGACAACAAUCAGGUUGCGGAUGUCAAAUCGCCAGAUUACCAAGACAUCGACCAUCAUCCACAAGGCUACCCACGCCUAGCGGCUUUCAUGAACAGCGAUGAGAACUUUCUGAUCUGUCGCCAAUACGGAAAUCUUCACAACCGUGUACUCCUUUACCGCCAGGACGAGCUCCGAGAGCUCGAAAGUGAACUCUUCGAAAUGGACAAGAAGGCCCUGGCCACCGACGAGCUCCAACUAGGUUCCCGAACGCGCGAAGAGCGAUGCUCACCGGAACGCCGCGGUCUAAUUAAUCGUAUCGAUGAAAAACUGAGAGAGUACAACGACAUUGUGCAGCGCACGCGGUCGUUUGCCACUUUGCAGAAAGCGACGGAGCGUAAUUACCGAAGUGUGAAGAACUGGAUGGAUAUGGAGGGCCCUCUUGUGCAAGAAGAAGCUGCUACAUUCAAGAAAGAUCGAGACUUCGUAGCUGUAGUAGAUGCAAAAGAGGGGAGUUGGUUCGAUGGCCGUGUAGAAACCGCUUUAACGAAGUUCGGUGGACCAAUCAGUAGACGUAUAUUUGUUACGAAACGCGACCGUGAUUCCACAGCCAACAAGCUCGUGCGGCUCUAUUCCAAAGAUAAGAUCGACAUCUUCUCGCGCCUGAUCAUUACUUUCCUGGCAGUUGUACUGCUUAUGGCCCCCGUGGUUGCGCUCUUCGGUCUAAACAAAAACGGACAUAUCAAGAUCCUCAUCAUCUUUCUGUUCACUAUGGCGUUUUCGGUUGCGUUGAGUCUGUUCACAAAAGCAAAGAGACAUGAGGUGUUUGCUGCUACUGCCGCCUACUGCGCGGUUUUGGUUGUUUUUCUUGGUAAUAUGGAUGGCUAG